AUGGCCGCAGGCGAUCCCGACUACAGUCAGCUCUCGGCCCUCGUGUCGUCGUUCCAGCAACAGCAGCAGCAGCCCGACCAGCAGCUCGACCCGCUCGUCGUCGACCCACAAGACCCCACCACGGCCGGCAUGAGCUUCCACGAGCUGUUCAGCCACUACCUCGCGCCCGAGGUCGCCAAGCUCCCGCAAUCGAGCGCGGCCCCCGUCGCCGCCGACCCGCUCGCCUUCACGUUCGGCGACGACCAGUCGUCCACCAACGCCGUCGCCGGGCCCUCGUCGGCGUCGACCUUCGACCCGUCGACGUUCAUGCCCACGAUCCCGGGCUCCCCGAUCGGCGGCUUCUCGCCCUCGUCGGACGGCAACUCGAGCCACCGCUCGCCCAUGAGCUUCCCCGACCUCGACUUCUCGGCCACGUCCGACCCGUUCGCGCUCGACCCGUCCAUCUUUGGUGUCUCGGCCGGCCUCGACUACGGCAUGCCCGUCGACGCCGUCGACACGUCGUUCACGUUCACGCCCGCCACCUCGACCGCGAGCGACACCCCGCUCUCGGUCCUCCCCAACGCGCCGCUCCCUCCCCUCCCGAACCUGUACCUCGACACCACCACGACGUCGGCGCCGACCGAGGUGCCCGCCGCCGCCGUCGCAGGCGCCGCCGAGCUCACGGCGUCGGGUCGCCCCAAGCGCAACGUCGCCCACUCGGUCCUCGAUGCCGACGAGGACGACGACGACGCCAUGUACUCGUCCGACGCCUCGAACGCGACGACGACGCGCAAGGCCUCGGCGCGUGGCUCGUCGCGCAAGCCGUCGGCGGCCAAGAAGGCCCGCGCGAGCUCGUCGGGCGCGAGCGAGGCCGGCGCAGCCCACCACGCGUCGGCGUCGGCGUCGACGUCGGCUUCGGCCGCCGCAGCGGCCGCCGAGGCCAAGCGCCUCGCGCGCACGAGCGUCGUCCCGCUCGCCAGCUCGGACCUGCACAAGACGACGGCCAACAGCAAGCUGCCGCCGGUCCCGCAGUGGGCCGACAAGCCCGACCCGGACGAGUACCAGAAGCUGUCGAGCAAGGAGAAACGCCAGAUGCGCAACAAGAUCUCGGCGCGCAACUUCCGCCACCGUCGCAAGGAGUACAUCACGACGCUCGAGGAGGAGAUCAGCAGCCGCGACACGAUCAUCUCGGAGCUGCGCGACGAGGUCGGCGUCAUCCGCGCCGAGAACUCGGGCCUGCGCACCGAGGUCGCCACGCUCAAGGAGAAGUGGCAGGACCUCCUCGACAAACUCUCGUCGCUCAGCGGCACGCCCGUCGCCUCGCCUGCUGGCACUGCCGCGGCCGGCCUCGGUACCAACCCGCCUCGCGCCGUCGCCGCCGCCGUCGCCGGCUCCUCGUCGGCCGCCUCUCUCGCCGCCGUCAAGGAGGAGGAGGGCGAGACCGGCUCGCUCUCGGCGCAGCCUGCGUCGGCAUCGUCGCGCCGCAUCGGCACGCGCUCGGGCGGCGUCGCGCGUCCCAACCUCACCAAGGACGUGAGCGCCCUCGGUCGUCGCGGCGCGACGGGCAGCUGGGCGACGGCGGGCGGGUUCGGCGGCGGCUUCACGAGUGUCCACACGACGCUCCUCCCCGACGUCAACCUCGCCGAUGGCCUGCACGGCAAGCCGAGCCUGCCGCCGUUCGCCACCCAGUCGUUCAACCCGGCGCUCAACGCCCUCACCGCCCGCCAGCUCGCCGACCUGCCCGCCAUGACGGCCCACCUGCGCAACGCCGGCCUGUCGUCGGGCGGCAACAACCAGCAGCCGCAGCAGUCGCAGCAGGCGCCCAAGGGCACCUUCGAGGACUUCUUUGCGUCGAACCCGUACUGGCUCCGGCCCGACCAGCUCGACCAGAGCCGCGCAGCGCUGUACGGCAAGCUCGCCAACAACGCCGCCGGGCUCGUCGCCGCGCAGGCCAAGUCGUCGCAGCAGGACGGGUUCCUCCCCGUGCCGGCCGGCUUCGCGCCGAGCUUCUUCCGCUCGUCGACCUCGCCCUCCGCCGCCUCCUCCGCCGCUUCGUCCGACUUGACGGCAUCCACCUCGGCCGCCGCGCCGACCAAGUCGUCGACCGCCGCCGAGCUCCUCGCGUUCCAGUCGCCGGCGACCGCCUUUGCCCUCGGCGUGUCGCACCAGGACGCGACCCUCGGCGCCGCCGCCGCCGAGCAGCACGCCGCGCUCAUGACGGCCGCACGCGUCGCGACCCUCGCGCGCGAGACGCUCGCGAGCCGCAUGUGGAGCGCGUUCGUCGACGCGUUCGCCGGGCCGGCGGUCGGGCCUGGCGCCGCCGCCGCCGCCGAGCAGCAGCAGCGCGGCGCGAUCAGCGCCGACAAGGUUGCGGCGGUGCUCGGCGGCAGGGCGCGCGUAGAAGUCGUGCCCGUCGUCGCUGCGCCGGCGCCGGUGCAGCAGCAGGAGGUCGACGCGCUCGGCGAGCGCAUGGGCGGCAUGAGCCUCGCGCGUGCGGCGUCGCCUGUUGGUGGGAGCGGUGCCGACGAGCGCGAGUGCGGGUUCGAGGGCGUCGUCGGCCGGUGGCUAAGCGGCGGUGCGGCGCCGAAGAGGGCGUGA